GUUUUGAAUUUAGAACUUGAUAAAUGGCGUCGUUAGACUGCAGUAUCAAUUCUACGUUGAAAGCUGGUACCCAGGUCGCAGAUUGAGUUGACGGUAAAUCGUAGAGCUACAUACUAACCAAAACUGAAAAUUUACUCCAUGAAAAUUUCUGCCAUCAUGCUAAGUGAUGGUUGAAAUUGGCUUAAGUUGCUUGAUGGGUAAUUGCUACGUUUUACGCUAGCAAGUCCGAACGUUAGCUAAGAUAGCUUAGCUGUAAGAUAGGAGAAAUGAUAAAAAAAAAUUAGUUCGCGGGGGAAAAUAAAUUACUGUUUUUGUUGUCUGUUAAUAAAAAUACUAGUGUUUAUUGUAUGUUGAUAGUAUAUGACUUUUCGUGUAAAAAUCUACAUGUCCGUAUUAAUGUAUUUUCCUGGAGAUGACAAUGCAAUAUGUAGGUGGGGGAGGGGUAUCUGGCUGUCAUCCAGUCCACCUUUUCCCGUUGAAAAGAGAGAAAAAAACAGACCGAGGCUGUAAAACAUUUAUUUAAUUCAUGCCACGUGUUGAUGCAAACUACAGCAGCAACACGUGCAGAAUAUUCGGAUUUCAGCCAAUUGUCAGUUUAACCUCCCACCACCGUUAAUCAUAUUUACCAAAAGGUGAAACUAUUAGUUGAUCUAAAGAAAGUGAAUGCUAACCUAGUUAUGUUUUUAGUUAGAAGAAAGUUGAAGUAAUGAAGAAUGUCACUCCCCAAACAAUUAAUUAUUCUCAGAAAAAUGGCGGACAUUAUUUGAGUAAUACUUUAUAGCAAAUGAGAGACAGAGCUGCUGUUUGGACAUACCGUACUCCCGUUUCUAAUGAUACAUUUGACUUAAGUAUUUUAUGUAGGCUUGCUUGUGUUAUAUCGCCAUAAUCUGCCUUGUGAAUAUUUUGUAGGUAACCUGAGGACUAAAACAUUACUGUUUGGUUUAUGCCCUACAAACUACAUUUAUUAUUCAUUGUAUUCAUUUUUUACGUUUUAUAUAGCGUUUUGAUAACUUUAAAGAAAUAAAUCCAUUCUGUUUCCCACGUGAAAAAUUGCUUGUAUUGUUUAUAUGUACCCAAACUAUGUAAAUGUAUAAAAUAAAUCAAAAUAUAUCUGGACUUUAGUUGACCAACACAUAUGUUCUUCUCCACUCAGAACUUGUUUGGCUUGCAGGAUGUUUUCAGCAGGUGGAUCAUUUCGAGGUUCUAGAGGAACCAGUUUUGCUCAAAUAUUAAUGAAGAGUCUGCCACCAACAUCCGAAUCAAGAGAGUCAAAUAAGGAGCAAUACUUCUUCAAUGUUGAUCAGGAACGUGACUCCAUCAGACAAGGAACUAAGUCGUUCAGACCGGGUCAUUUUGAGAAGCCAAAAUCCUCUCCCAAAGAGCUGGUUGAAAAAUACAAGAAGGGUGAAACAAAUGCUGUGUCUUUGCUUCAUCAGCUGGCCCAAGUUUUACAGUUUCAUCUAGAAAUCAAGGAAACAGUUACCACAGGGAACUUAUCAGGGUUUUAUUUUGCUUUUGCUGUUGAAAUCGAUGGUGUUCAGUACAAGACUGGCAUGGGAGUGACUAAAAAGGAAGCUCGUCUAAAUGCAGCAAAGGCUGCUUUGGAGGACUUUUUGCCUAGCUUAGGCUGUCUAAAAUCUGAUCUCCCUCAAACAUCAGAUGUUCCUCCACCCUUACCAGUGAAGGAAGAUGCAUCCAUCUCUGACAGAAAUCCUUCUAGGGCCUUUUAUGAAAGGAAGAGUUCAGUCAACCUCCAGAUUCCACAUGCUGUGAAGGAUCAGCUCUCUAAACUGCUGAACAACCAUCCAGAGUUCUCUAGCUGUGGGGAAACAACAGCUGCAUUCAUUGUCAAAACUUCCACUGGAUGCGAGGUUGUUGCUCUUGGGACUGGAAACUUCAACACCAAAGUGUCAUCAAAUGGACGGGUUGUGCAUGAUUCUCAUGCUGUUGUUACAGCAAGGAGGUCUCUCAUGAGGUACCUGUACCGGCACCUGCUGAUGUAUUUCAGCAAAAAUGCCAAUCUGACUGCAAAGUCCAUCUUCACUCAUAACAUCAACAGCAAACUCCUCAGCCUGAAGAGUGGGAUUACCCUGCAUCUGUAUGUAAACCAACUACCAAAGGGUGCAGCACAGAUUCCAACUAAGCUGCGCCUGAACCCUUUUUCCAUUACAACAUGGCAAGUCAACAGUGAGAUCAGCCUACAUCUGUCAGUUGAGGGCAAGGUGUUUUCAGUUUUCUCCUCAACCCUCGAUAACUCUGCUAGCGAGAUGGUCAGCAUGUCGACCACUGAUAAGAUCACUCAGUGGCAGGUGCUUGGAUACCAAGGAGCCUUACUGAGCCACUUCAUUGAGCCUGUCUAUGUCCAAAGCAUCCUUGUAGGUGACUCUGGUUGUACUGAAAUCCGAGGGAUGGAGAUGUCUGUGAACCAGCGUGUGGAGGGAAUCACCUCCCUGCUGCCCAUGUUCUACUGCAUGAUGCGACCCCAUAUCAGCUUGGUGCCUUCUGUGGUCACCUCUGACACCGGCAGUCAGCUCACCUGUGGUAUCAACUGGUGUGAAGGAGACGGCUCUGUGGAAGUUGUGGAUGGUCUAGAGGGCAAGACCAUUGAAGAGUCUCCAUUUAAGAGUGGACCUGCUUUGGCAAGCCGCCUGUGCAAAGCAGCAAUGCUGCACCGCUUCAGGUUGGUGGCCAAAGAGGCCCAGAGACAGGACCUAGUCACCACAAGCUGCUACAGAGAAUUAAAGAUGAUGGCUAAGCCGUACCAGGAGGCCAAAAGUGUGCUGCGGGCAUACCUGUCUCAGCAGGGCUUUGGUUCAUGGCUGGAAAAGCUUCCUGGCAGUGACAACUUUAAUGACUAAAGGAGCAAUUUUCAACUGAAAUCGUUCUCGUUUUUUGGGGGGGAGAAUUAAACCAUCAUUUUGUUUGCCGCAGUCUUGAUGGGUUUUAGAAGUUAGACGGUGGUUCCUCAGAGGUCUUCAUUGUUCAUCUUUUCAGCAGGUUUGUGAAGAUUAGAAAGUUGAAACAGAAACAAUUAUUGUUUUUCUCGUAAUUUGCAACUGACUCUUUAGUUGGCCAAUCAUUUUACUUUUCCUUUUUGUGUAUGGCAUGAUCAUCGAGUGAAAACUACAUUCUUUCCCGAUGUUGUUUUAUCUUAUUUGUAAAAUAAUGUUCUGUUAAGUCGAGGUUGUAAUGGUGUUGUUUUGGGACUGCCUUAACAAAGAUUUAUGUCUGUUGAAUUUUUAUUUCUCUUUUUUUUCUUUAUAUUAAGGGAUUUUUUUCCUAUAUACAGAGAUGGAGCAAUAAAACA